GUAAUAAUUAUCGCGAGGGUAUUAGGAGCCUGUAGUAGUUCCUGAGUGCUGGAUUAUAGCUUGCAAGUGCUGACAAGAAAUAUUUGCUCUUUCCUGCCAAACUAUUCAGAGAAAGGAAAAAUUCUGAAGUGCAGUGCAUUGGAGGAAACUAUUUCCUGUGGCAAGUGUUUCGAAUGGUCAAUAAUGGAGACUAUAAUGUAUAUUACUGUGCAGACUGAAGCUACCUAGCCUAAUCGGGGGGGAAGAGCCUAAAGGCACUUAUAUUCACUGCCACUGUUAUAAGUGUUAAAGAAAAUGGAGACAGAUAGAGACACAAUUUCACGUCUUCGAUGUCAGCUCAAAGAAGCCGAGGAGGAAAGAAGAAAGGCAGCAGAAUAUGGUUUAAAGCUGGUGGAGAGUGAGAACUUGUUGCAGAAUCGGUUAGAUGAACUGCAAAAUGAAUUAGUCACCAUAACAGAGAAUUUUGAACAAGAAAAAUAUACUCUUCAGAAAGAUGUAGAAUUGAAGAAUAGAAUGCUGGGAAGUCUAAACCUUGAAUGUGAGGCUCUUAAACAGCAGCAAAAUAUACAAUUAGAUACACUGCGUGGACAACUGGAAAGACUACAUGGACAAGAAAUAAAUGAAUUUAAGAAUAAGGUGGAAAAAAUGAAAUCAGAGCUAGAUGAAACACUGCUUAGUGAGAAACAGUUGAAACACAAAGUGGACCAUCUGAAGGAGGUCAUUGCUUCUAAAUCAGAAGAACUACGUGUAAUGUCAGAACGUGUUCAUGAAACCAUGUCUUCAGAAGUGCUCAAUCUUCAACUUGAGCUGCUGGCACUUGAACAAGCAAAGGCAGAGCUUGAGGACAGGUUACGUGAUCUGCAGUACAGCAAAGAGCAGCUAGAACUUGGAAACAGCAAUCUGACUAAUCGCGUGGCACGUCUUGAAGAGGAGAAAGAAGAGAGAGAGAGAGAUCUUGUUUCUUAUUGUAAUGCAUUGGAGAAAGCCCGUGAGGUGAACAGAGAUCUUCAAGCUCAGCUUGACCAUGCACUGCAACAGGCCCUGGAUCCCGCUACUAAAGGCAAUUCCUUGUUUGCCGAGGUGGAGGACCGCAGAGCAGAAAUGGAACGUCAGUUGAUUAGUAUAAAAGUAAAAUACCAAUUGCUACAAAAAGAGUAUACUUUCACUAGAGAACAGCUGCAAAGAAUGAAGCUGCAGAUGGCUACACUCCUACGGAUGAAAGGUUCACAGGGAGAACAUGAUCAGAUGGAACGUUUGCAAAGCAUGCUUCAACAAAAGAAUGGUGAAAUAGAAGAACUUCUCAUGAAAGUGAAGCAAUUGGAAAAGUUCACGAAGGUAUCUGAAAACUCAAAAGAAAUGAAGCUUUCUAACACUUCAGAUUGUGCAGAUUUUGAAGAAGGCUAUUACAUUGAUUUGCUUCAGAUGAAACUUGAGAAUUCAGAUAAGGAGAUAGAAAAUUUGAAGAGUGAAUUGUCUUUACAGCGGAUGAAGGCUUUAUUUGAAAGUCAGCGAGUCUUGGAGAUGGAGCGGAAACUUUUUGGAAAUGAAAGACAGCUUGAAUCUUCUCAGAGUGAGAACAUAAAUUUGCGUGUGCUGCUGGAUGAAUUGAAAAUCAAAUAUGAACCUGAAGAGUUAGUGAGAGACCAGAUGGAUCUCAAGAAGGCUCCAGGUGACAUGAUUUCAGACAAUUUAAAUAGAAGGUCCUCUUGCUUGCUGUCUCAAAACAAGGAAGAGGCAAAACCAAGUGAGGAUGCUCUGAAAACGACACUUCAAGCGGUGUCAAUGAACGUAGUUGCUCCUCCAGCAAUGGAACAGAGAAGUGAUCAACCUGGAAGGAAGAAAGUUAGAAUUAAGGAGGAAGAAUUUGACAUAAAUAAGAAAUAUGGAAAUGAUAUUGGACCUUCUCAUGCCACCAGGUUAACCUCUGAACCUGGAGUAAAGACAGAAGAAAACUAUGGUGCUGCAGCUGAAGAUGCAAGUAAACAUGAGAAGAAAGGCAAAAAGAAAACUUACCCUAUAAUAUAUAUGUCUUCCAAACAAGGUCCUGAAACUCAGUGUGCUCAGCAAUAAAAUAAAUACCUUUUCAUGUUGUUGAGGGCCUUCGAUAUAAUUGUAGAGCAACAUAUUGGAACUUUAAAAUUGUAUGAUUUCUUCAGUGCCUUUCAUUAAAUACCUGGGCCUUAUAUAAGCCUUUAAUGGUGCCUUUAAUGGUAUAGAUAUGUAAUACUGAAACAAAAAAGUUCAAAUCUACUGCUACAGUUUGGAGAAGCUAUACAGCACACCUCAAAAGCUAUUAAUCUACAAGGAAACCAAGCAAGCCAACCAUAAGAUAACUUUAAAAGUGAUAUUCACAUUAAUAUCAUGAGCUCCACAUUGGAGAGUGUAAUACAUAUGCCGUAAGUCAUACUUGGGGUAUGUAGAUUAGUCAUUUUCUCACACAUACCCCUUAAGUGUUGCAAUAAUAAGUGUGUCUGCUCUUUUAAGAUGUACUAAUGUGUUCAAAGUUGUAUAAAAUGUUGGAAUUAAAGCUCUGAAGCUAUUGUA